UACUCCAGUGUCUAACUCGAAAGAAACCCAAGAUUCUCUUCCAGAGCCUUAAGAAUUCCAAUUUCUAUUCCUACCAACCCCACAAGAGAGAUGGCUGUGGUAAAAGAUAUUACCACCAUCGACGAGUGGCAAGCUCACAUCGGCUCUCUACCUAAGACCACACUUCUCAUCAUUUAUUUCCACGCGCCAUGGGCUGCCCCUUGUGCGCAGAUGGCAGCUGUCAUUAAGGCUCUAGCCGAGGAACAAAAAGACACUUCAGACUCAAGCUGGGUGUCCAUCAACGCUGAGGAUUUAAGCGACGUAUCCGAGACUUACGAUGUAGUCGCCGUGCCUUACGUCGUCCUCCAGCGCAACGACCAAGUCGUUGAGACUGUUAGCGGUAGCAACCCCGCCCUGGUCCGCAAAGCCAUCGAGACCCAUACCUCCUCCUCCACCACUUCCUCCAAGCCCAACGGCACCACCGCGAUUGCCAGCAAUGCUGAGACUGGCCCGGAAAUAAACGGGAAGAGCGAGGAAGACCAACUCACACCGGAAGAGGAUAUGCAUAAGAGACUUGAGGGACUCGUCAACGCUGCCCCCGUCAUGCUGUUCAUGAAGGGCACCCCCAGUGCCCCGCAGUGUGGAUUCUCUCGCCAAAUGGUGGCGAUCCUGCGUGAGCGCAGCGUUAAGUACGGAUUCUUUAACAUCCUAGCCGACGACGAUGUGCGCCAAGGCCUGAAGAAGUUUGCGGAUUGGCCCACAUACCCCCAGUUAUGGGUAUCGGGUGAACUUGUAGGCGGACUGGAUAUUGUCAAGGAGGAGUUGGAGAAUGAUCCUGAUUACUUCAAGAAAUUCAGUGUCCCUAAGGAGGAAGGUACUGCGGCGGCAUAAUACAGAUGUUGAAUAUUCAUGAAAAAAAAGAAUUAAAAGAAGAAAAAAGGAGAAAAAAGGAGCCCCGCGACUAAGAUAGCAUACGAUACCACCGCUGUUCUUACUUGAU